GGUGCUUUUUCUAUUAUCGUGUAGUUAAUGCAAUAUCCAAGUAGGAAGUUUUUCCUAGCAAGUAUAAAUCUUUAGAAAAAAGCACAAUCGUUGCAUCGAUUUCCGUGAAACUCUCUCUUUUGCGGAAGAGUUUCGUUUCUUAGAUCUAGUCCGCUGUUUUUUCUUUGUUCUUCAAUCGUUGGUCAAAUCUACUCAAUGAAAGUCCAGGAGUGGGCUGAAUCUAUUCUCUGUCAACGGUGGUGUGGUGUUUUCCCCUCGAUGUGGAUGUGGCUCGGGUCUGUUGGAAGGGAGUUCUACAGCGUUUGUCACACGGUUAUUGACGUUGUGGGUUGCUUCAGUUGCUCCGGCUCAUCCCUUAGUCUUGAGCUCCGCCCACGGCGGAAGUUGGGGGGAUAAAGGAGGGUUCGUUGUUCGCACGGUGGUUAGCUGCAGAUGCUUUGGAUCUUAGAGGGCUGUUGUGGAUUUCGCGUUUAGAGGUUUUGGAUUUGAGUCACCAGCUUCUAGAUCCACUACAAUUUUGCAUCCAUCGAGUCAGAUUGAAUCGUGAUAGCUUAAGAAUUUUUUGGCUGUUCUCGGUUGGGAGAGAGGGGUUACUGCCCAGUGGGUUGGGUUAGUUUUUCAGGAUCCGAUUACGUCGAUGUGCCUAAUUUGAGCGACUAACUUUCCGGGAGAUUUGUGGUGUGUUGGUGCUUCAGAGGGGUGGAUUUGACGAAGAAAACCGGUCUCUUUCAUCGGAGAAUCCCGAUCUCUGGUUGCUACCUCGAAUCGGUCUUUAAUAUGACUUAGGUACGGUAAGCACACCAUCAAACCGAUUAAGACUAAAACUUUGAAAAUUUCUCUUCAACCAAAAACAAUAUGAUCUUUCACAUUCUUCAGCCUGUUUCUAACUUUAAUCUAUGUAUGAAUUGAUUUAUGCAUAUUAUUCAAUAUAUAGUUGUAUCAUAUACAUGAUCUCAGAACACUUGGUCUUGCCCACCCGUGCAAGGCAGAAUGAGGGUUUGGUAUUUUGUGUUUUUUUUAGGAACCCACGGCGCGGGUCAACCCCUAGUGACAGUAUACUCUUUGACAAAAUAUUCUUGGAUUCACCCCUAGGGAUGAACCUAUCAUAUUCACCCUUCUUAUUUAG